UUGAAUUUUAUAACUAGGUUUUAAUAAAAUAUGAGGUGACCUUGAGAAAAAGAGUAUAGCGUCCCAUGUAGCAAGAUGACUACUGUGUUUGAAACAAUGGACCGACCUAGAGCUGGAUCUGUCAACUCACCUCCUUCCCUCUUGUGCAACACUACUAACUAUCAGGAAGAUAUGGUCAGUUCUGAUUCCACUAGAUCUAGGUCUGAAGCAAGUUAUUUAUACGAGUAUAAUUCAAAAACUUUGCUGAAGAAGGCUCAGUCAAUAAAGAAAUCAGGAAUAUUUUGGCAUGAUUCCUCCAUUAUGAAGUCACAAGAUAUUCAGGAGUCUUCUGACAUUGGAACUACAAUCCUUAGGAAUAGGGCUAAAUCAACUGCACUCCCAGACAAUUCUGCUCAGGCGAGCUUGGUGCCAAAGAAAGUUGUGCAGCCCAAAGUGAUGAAGUAUGUCCAGAAGACUUCUAAUCUGUUUGACCCUCUUGAAAAAGUUGCUGUUCUCUUUGCACUGCCUGAAAACAUUGCUUUUUAUAAAGGAGUGCAUGAAUUAGAUGGCCAAACUUACAUUCUAAAGAAAAUAAGAAUUUUUCUAAAAGACGAUGAAGAUAUAAAAGACCACCCAGCUUAUCAAGAGAUUUUGAUGGUAAAAGACAAUUCUUCAAAUGCUGAUAUACGAUAUGUUAACUCUUGGGUAGAAUUAGAGAAGGAAAUUUUAUGCGAAGAUUCUGGAGAAAAUGACGGUCUCUUUGUUCAAAUCUGCAUCCAAAUGAGGUAUAUUAACAGCUCAAUCAAACUUGUAAAGGAUUUACUCCUCUGGUCCGAUUCCUGUGGCAAAAGCUGCGAUGAAGAUACGCUCUUUGAUAUGGCUGAAGAUAUUUGCGAUCAAAUAGAUCUCACCAAGAAUGACGAUUUUGAAAAGAUCUGUGCAAAAUACGGAUGAGAUGGUACACUGAAGAAAAUCCUAACUAGCCCAGAGACCACUGAGCUUCAGGCUUGGAACAUCUGCUAUCAUGAACUAAUUAAUUUGUAAUAAAGUUGAAGCUCAUUA